CAAUGUAUUGCUGCCUCUUUGUUGCUCUACAGGUCAGUGCACCGGGCAGCAGACGAGACUAUGGCCCAGGAGACCAAUCAGAGCCCCGUUCCUAUGCUCUGCGCCACCGGGUGUGGUUUCUAUGGCAAUCCCAGGACUAAUGGCAUGUGCUCGGUGUGUCAUAAGGAACACCUGUCACGUCAAAACAAUGGUGGUGUCACUUCUCUGAGUGUCGUGGGCAGCGGUAACUCCUCAGCUGAGGCCUCUGCUAUCCAGAGACUGGAGGCCACCUUGAAUAAUGCCGCAGCCGCCGCCGUUGCCGCAGCGGAGGCUGCGACCGAAGCUGCCUCGUCAUGUGAGGCUGUAGCUGCAGAGGCUCUUAGGUAAGGAGCUCCUCCACCUUUACACACGACACAUACAGAACAAGUGUGACUAGUUUAC